AUGCGCAUCUCUGAACCUGCAAUUCCGUUUGGCUCUACCGUUAUAGUCAUCGGUGCUAAUGGCUACAUGGGGGUUGAGACUUGUGAGAAACUCCUCCAGGCAGGCUUCUCUGUCCGAGGAACUGUGAGAGACGUCGAAAAGAAUCGACAAUGGAUGCAUAAGCUAUUUGAUGCCAAGUGGCCAGGCAUGUUUGAGCUGGUUCACGUGGCCGACUUUGAAGCUGAAGGGGCAUUUGACGCGGCCUUCAAAGGCGCCGAGGGCGUUAUCUAUGUUUCAACACCGAUCAUACUGAAUGCAGAUCCUGCAAGGGUGGUAGAUCCAGUGGUCAAAGGUACUAUCAACAGUCUCGAAGCUGCAGCUCGCGCUGGAGUGAAGCGCUACGUCCUCAGUUCAAGCUCCAAGGCAGUUGAGUCUACUAAUUACAACCACCCACACCAUAUUACGUCAAGCAUGUUCAACUACGACGCCAUCAGGAAGGCGUGCUCUGAGCCGAAUGUCGAUGGUCUCGACAGAUUUGUCGACGUCUAUAGUGCCAGUCGGGCUUUGGCGGAAUUGGCCUUCUGGUCGUGGGUUGGCACCAACCAGCCUCCCUUUGUCGCAAACUGUGUCGUACCUGAUGGACAGUUUGGAAGGGCUUUGGAUCCAGAAAACACUAGUUCUACAUUCCGCAUGUUGAAAGCGGCGGCUGAAGGAGAAUGGGACAAGGUAUUUGGUCAAGUCGCAUACUACACUGACGUCCAGGAUGCAGCACGUCUGUUGGUUGCGGCGGUAGCUCUUCCUUCUAUUGUGAAUGAGCGAAUAUUUUCGUACUGUCACAAUUCAACAUGGAAUGAGCUACGGUACAAGAUUCGACUUACCUCGCUAAAGGGAGAGAGGUUGGUGAAGGGCAAAGACCAGGCAGUAGAAGGGAGGGAUCUCUCUAAUGCAGGUGCGCUUAUAAAACGAGCUGAGGAUAUCUUGCGAAAGAUUGGUCAGCAGGGCUUUGCGAGCGAGGAGGAUAUCUUGCGUGACUUCUUGGAUUCCCUCUGA